AUGGAUGUUAAAGACCGGAGGCACCGCUCCUUGACACGUGGGAGGUGUGUGAAGGAAUGUCGCUACACAAGCUCCUCACUGGAUAGCGAAGAGUGCAGGGUGCCCACACAGAAAUCCUACAGCUCAAGUGAGACCCUUAAAGCAUACGAUCACGAUGCCAGACUACAUUACGGGACUCGUGUCACAGAAUUGGUCCACAGGGAAUCAGACGAAUUCUCCAGGCAAGGAGCCAAUUUCACACUGACUGAACUGGGAAUCUGUGAGCCCUCCCCACAUCGCGGCACUGCUUAUUGUCCAGACAUGGGGCUCCUCCAUCGUGGAUAUUCCUUGAGCGAUGCAGACUCUGACACAGAAGGUGCCAUUUCUCCAGAGCAUGCUAUUAGGUUAUGGGGGAGGGGCAUCAAAUCCAGACGCGGCUCAGGGCUGUCCAGUCGAGAGAAUUCAGCCCUCACGCUGACCGAUUCAGAGAACGAGAAGGAAUCUGAUGAGGAGACAGGUCGUCCCAUCCCACAUUCAUCAUCGCCCAGCCAUCCAUUUGCCCAGCAGACCAGCACCCAUCUUUCAUCAUCUAGUGUGAAAGACUACCAAAUGCCAUUGCUUGACAGCAGCGUCUCUCAUCCAGCUCUUGAAUCCAACCCCAAUGAGGAGUUCGCCAUAAAUUCAUACCUAUUGCGAGCAGGUUCUGGUGCACUGCCACCUUCCAGUAAUGGUCCUCCAAACCAUCACAGUCAGUCCACUCUGCGACCUCCUCUUCCGCCACCUCACAACCAGACGCUGUCACACCACCAUUCGUCUGCUAACUCGCUCAACAGGAACUCUUUGACAAACAGAAGGAACCAGAUCCACGCACCUGCUGCUGCACCCAAUGACUUGCCUACGACACCAGAGUCUGUUCAGCUGCAGGACAGCUGGGUUCUUAACAGCAACGUGCCACUGGAGACAAGGCACUUUCUUUUUAAGACCUCUUCUGGGACAACACCUCUGUUCAGCACAUCCUCGCCAGGCUAUCCUUUAACCUCUGGUACUGUCUACUCUCCACCUCCACGGCUCUUACCCAGAAGCACCUUCUCCCGAAAUGCUUUUAAACUCAAGAAGCCAUCCAAGUACUGCAGCUGGAAGUGUGCUGCCCUGUGUUCUAUCGCUGCCUCGGUGGUACUGGCUAUACUUCUGGCAUAUUUCAUUGCAAUGCACCUCCUUGGUCUGAACUGGCAGCUCCAACCGGCUGAUGGACAGAUGUUUAAAAAUGGAGUCAGAACAGGAGGCCCGAGUGAUGUAACAAUAGCACCAUCUGGUGGCAGAGGGACAGUUGCUAUUAAAAAUAGCAGCAUUGAUUUGGGAGAUGUGGACAUCGGUCGAAGAGUGUCACAGGAAGUGCCUCCAGCAGUGUUUUGGAGAUCUCAGUUAUAUAUUGAACGGCCACAGUUUGUUAAGUUUAACGUCUCUCUGGGGAAGGAUGCACUUUUUGGCUUGUACAUAAGGAAAGGCCUUCAUCCUUCGCACACUCAGUAUGAUUUUAUGGAGCGCCUUGACGGCAAGGAAAAAUGGAGUGUGAUUGAAUCACCACGUGAGAGGAGAAGCAUCCAGACCUUGGUCAUCAAUGAAGCAGUAUUUGUUCAGUAUCUGGAUUCAGGCACAUGGCAUCUUGCUUUCUACAAUGAUGGAAAGGAAAAGGAGCUGAUCUCCUUCAAUACCGCAGUUCUAGAUUCUGUGCAGGAAUGUCCUCACAAUUGCCAUGGCAAUGGAGAGUGUGUGUCAGGAGUUUGUCACUGCUUCCCAGGAUUCCAUGGGGCCGACUGUGCAAAAGUUGCUUGUCCUGUGCUGUGCAGUGGGAAUGGACAAUACGCGAAGGGCAACUGCGUCUGUUACAGUGGCUGGAAGGGAGCUGAGUGUAAUGUACCCGUUGGACAGUGCAUUGACCCUGCGUGCGGUGGCCGUGGGAUAUGUACCGCUGGAACUUGUGUCUGCUCUGCAGGCUUCAAAGGCGAGAACUGUGAGGAAGUGGAUUGUUUGGAUCCAACAUGCUCAAAUCAUGGAGUAUGUGCCCACGGGGAUUGUCACUGCAGCCCAGGUUGGGGUGGAAUAAACUGUGAAAUUCCUCGCGCCCAAUGUCCGGAUCAGUGUACGGGCCAUGGUACCUACAUUCCAGAAACAGGCCUUUGCAGCUGUGAUCCAAGCUGGAUAGGCCCGGACUGUUCAGUUGAAGUGUGUUCUGUGGACUGUGGCACCCAUGGCGUCUGCAUAUCUGGAGUGUGCCGGUGCGAGGAAGGCUGGACAGGUGUGGCGUGUGAUCAGAGAGUUUGUCACCCUCGUUGCGCAGAGCACGGAAGCUGCAAAGAUGGAAAGUGUGAAUGCCGAGAGGGCUGGAAUGGAGAGCACUGCACCAUUGAUGGCUGUCCUGAUCUGUGCAAUGGCAAUGGGAGGUGCACCCUCAGCCAAAACAGUUGGCAUUGCGUCUGCCAGACAGGCUGGCGAGGACCAGGAUGCAAUGUUGCAAUGGAGACAUCUUGUACAGAUGGCAAAGACAAUGAAGGAGAUGGACUGAUAGAUUGCAUGGAUCCAGACUGCUGCCUUCAAUCCAGCUGCCAGUCUAACCCGCUUUGCCAUGGGUCACAUGACCCCCUUGACAUCAUCCAGCAGAACCAAUGGGCACUUUCCACUCAAGUUGUGAAAUCAUUUUAUGAUCGCAUUAAACUCCUUGUGGGCAAAGACAGAACUCACAUAAUCCCCGGGGCAAACCCUUUCAAUGAAAGCUUAGCUUCACUAAUCAGAGGACAAGUCUUUACAAAGGAUGGAACACCAUUAGUUGGAGUAAAUGUGUCAUUUGUCAAAUAUCCUCAGUAUGGAUACACAAUCACUCGUCAGGAUGGCACGUUUGAUUUAAUUGCAAAUGGUGGUGCAUCUCUUACAUUGCACUUUGAGCGUGCUCCAUUUCUCAGCCAGGAACGCACAGUCUGGCUUCCUUGGAACACUUUCUAUGCUAUGAACACUCUGGUUAUGAAGACAGGAAACACCAUUCCAAGUUGUGACCUGAGUGGGUUUGUGCGACCAGAACCAAUUGUAUCUUCACCACUCUCGACUUUCUUUAGCUCCUCUCCUGGGCAGAACCCCAUUAUUCCAGAGACCCAGGUUCUCCAUGAAGCUGUUGAAAUCCCUGGCUCCAGCAUGAAGUUGUGCUACCUGAGUUCACGCACCACUGGCUAUAAAUCCCUUUUGAAAGUCACGAUGACUCAGUCAAUUGUGCCAAUCAAUCUGAUUAAGGUUCAUCUGAUGGUGGCCGUGGAAGGACAUCUCUUCCAGAAGUGGUUCCAUUCAUCACCCAACCUGGCCUACACUUACAUAUGGGACAAAACAGAUGCCUACAGUCAGAAGGUCUACGGACUCUCCGAAGCUGUUGUGUCUGUUGGAUAUGAAUAUGAAUCUUGUCCAAAUCUUAUACUGUGGGAGAAGAGAACUGCCCUGCUACAGGGCUAUGAACUAGAUCCAUCCAAUCUGGGCGGUUGGUCACUGGAUAAGCACCAUGCUUUGAAUGUUAAGAGUGGCGUCUUGCACAAAGGAAAUGGGGAAAACCAGUUUCUGUCUCAGCAGCCAGCAGUGAUCAGCAGCAUCAUGGGAAAUGGGCGCAGGCGAAGCAUCUCAUGUCCCAGCUGUAAUGGUCUUGCUGAUGGAAACAAACUCCUGGCCCCUGUGGCCUUGGCUGUUGGUGUAGAUGGCAGUCUGUACAUUGGAGAUUUCAACUUUAUCAGACGUGUUUUCCCUGCCAAGAAUGUCACCAGUAUCCUAGAGCUGAGCAACAACCCUGCCCAUAAAUACUUCAUGGCAGUAGAUCCUGUCACAGGGGCAUUGUAUGUGUCGGACACAAAUAGUCGACAGAUCAUCCGUGUUAAGUCUCUUGAUGGAGCAAGGGAUCUUGCUUCCAACUCAGAGGUGGUAGCAGGGACUGGAGAGCAGUGCCUGCCUUUUGAUGAAGCCAGAUGCGGUGAUGGGGGGAAGGCAGUCGAGGCUACGCUGAUGAGCCCCAGAGGGAUUGCAGUGGACAAGAAUGGAUUAAUGUACUUUGUGGAUGCAACUAUGAUCAGGAAAGUCGACCAAAAUGGAAUUAUUUCUACGUUGCUUGGUUCCAAUGACUUGACAGCUAUUCGUCCUCUGAGCUGUGAUUCCAGCAUGGAUGUAAGCCAGGUACGAUUAGAGUGGCCAACUAAUCUUGCCAUCAACCCAAUCGAUAAUUCUCUUUAUGUCUUGGAGAAUAAUGUCAUUCUGCGGAUUACUGAGAACCACCAGGUCAGCAUUAUAGCUGGCCGACCUAUGCACUGUCAGGUUCCUGGCAUUGAUUACUCACUCAGCAAGCUGGCCAUACACUCGGCACUGGAGUCUGCCAGUGCCAUUGCUGUUUCCCACACUGGCAUACUUUACAUUGCAGAAACUGAUGAGAAGAAGAUAAAUCGUGUCCGCCAAGUGACAACCAAUGGGGAAAUCUCCCUCCUGGCAGGGAUGGCAUCGGACUGUGACUGCAAGAAUGAUGUCAACUGUGACUGCUUCUCAGGUGAUGAUGGAUAUGCCACAGAUGCAAAGCUGAAUUCUCCGUCAUCACUGGCAGUCUCACCUGAUGGGACCAUCUACAUAGCUGACCUGGGAAAUAUCCGCAUCCGAGCAGUUAAUCGAAACAAGCCACAGAUGAACUCAAUGAGCUUCUACGAGGUUGCUUCAGCAGCUGAGCAGGAGCUGUAUGUUUUCAAUUCAAAUGGGAUACAUCAGUAUACAAUGAGUCUCAUCACCGGUGACUACAUAUACAAUUUCUCCUACAGUCCAGAUAAUGACAUUGUGGAAGUAACUGACAACAAUGGAAACACUCUAAAGAUCCGAAGGGAUAGCAAUGGAGUGCCACGGCAUUUACUCAUGUCAGAUAACCAGGUGUGUUCUCUGACCAUUGAUGCUAACGGCGGACUAAAGAUGGUGUCAGUCCAGAACCAAGAGCUGGUUAUGUUUACUUACAACGGGAAUAGUGGCCUCCUGGCAACUAAAACAGAUGACAUUGGUUGGACCACUUUCUUUGAUUAUGACAGUGAAGGACGACUGACAAAUUUGACUCGUCCCACUGGUGUAGUAACCAGUUUGCAUCGAGAAAUGGAGAAGUCAAUCAAUAUUGACAUUGAAACUUCCAACAGAGAGGACGAUGUUACUGUCACCACUAAUCUUUCUUCAGUAGAUGCGUCUUACACCCUGGUUCAAGAUCAAGUGAGAAACAGUUACCAGCUUUGCAACAACGGCACCCUUCGUGUGAUGUAUGCUAAUGGAAUGGGGGUCAGCUUUUACACUGAACCUCAUAUUCUUGCUGGGACCAUUAGUCCAACAGUCGGACGGCGCAAUAUCACACUGCCAGUGGAAAAUGGACUGAACUCAAUUGAAUGGCGCCUCAGGAAGGAACAGAUCAAGGGAAAAGUCACUGUGUUUGGAAGGAAACUUAGGGUGCAUGGACGCAAUUUGCUUUCCAUUGAUUUUGAUCGUAAUUCCCGGACAGAGAAGAUUUAUGAUGAUCAUCGCAAAUUUACAUUGCGGAUUAUUUAUGAUUCCUUGGGUCGUCCCACAAUCUGGCUCCCAAGCAGUGGUCUAGCUGCAGUUAAUGUCUCGUAUUCUUCCAGUGGGAAAGUGAUCGGAGUUCAACGAGGUGCGAUGAGCGAGAAAAAUGAGUAUGAUGAACAGGGCAGGAUUAUAUCCCGAAUUUUCUCUGAUGGAAAAGUCUGGAGCUACGCUUACCUUGACAAAUCAAUGGUACUACUUCUCCAGAGCCAACGUCAGUACAUCUUUGAAUUUGACCAAACAGAUCGUCUUCAUGCAGUGACAAUGCCUAGUGUCGCCCGGCAUACCAUGUCUACUCACAAUUCUAUUGGCUACAUCCGCAACAUCUACCAUCCUCCUGAAAGCAAUGCUUCGAUGAUCUUUGAUUUCACUAUGGAAGGACGGAUACUGAAAUCUGCUUACUUGGGCACUGGCCGACAAGUGUUUUAUAAAUAUGGAAAGUUGUCAAAGCUAUCUGAGAUCCUUUAUGACAGUACUGCUGUCACCUUUGGUUAUGAUGAGUCAACAGGUGUGCUCAAAAUGGUCAACUUGCAGAGCGGUGGAUUCUCUUGCACGAUCCGAUAUCGAAAAAUCGGUCCUCUAAUUGACAGGCAAAUCUAUAGGUUCUCAGAAGAAGGCAUGGUUAAUGCACGGUUUGAUUACACAUACCAUGAAAACAGCUUUCGAGUUGCCAGCAUGAAGCCAAUUAUAAGUGAAACACCACUUCCCGUUGACUUGUAUCGCUAUGAUGAGAUAUCGGGUAAGGUAGAGCACUUUGGGAAGUUUGGAGUUAUAUAUUAUGAUAUCAAUCAGAUCAUAACUACAGCUGUGAUGACCUUGAGUAAGCAUUUUGAUACUCAUGGGCGCAUCAAAGAGGUUCAAUAUGAGAUAUUCAGGUCACUCAUGUACUGGAUGACAGUUCAAUAUGACAGCAUGGGAAGAGUGAUAAAGAGAGAGAUUAAGCUUGGCCCUUAUGCAAAUACAACCAAGUAUACAUAUGACUAUGAUGGAGAUGGUCAGCUGCAGAACGUUGCUGUGAAUGAUAAAGUCACUUGGCGCUACAGUUAUGACUUAAAUGGCAACCUCCAUCUGUUGAAUCCUGGAAGCAGCAUUCGUUUGAUGCCUUUACGUUAUGAUCUAAGAGACAGGAUUACCCGACUCGGAGAUGUACAGUACAAGCUGGAUGAAGAUGGCCUUCUUUCUCAGCGAGGCUCUGAUAUAUUUGAAUACAAUUCCAAGUGUCUGCUUACCCGAGUCUACAGCAAAACCAAUGGGUGGAGUGUGCAAUAUCGAUACGAUGGCCUAGGGCGCAGAGUUUCCAGCAAGACUAAUUUUGGCCAACAUCUGCAAUUCUUUUAUUCGGAUCUAAACAACCCAACUAGGGUAACCCACAUUUAUAAUCACUCCAGUUCAGACAUCACUUCCCUAUACUAUGACCUCCAAGGACAUCUUUUUGCCAUGGAGAUCAGCAGCGGAGAAGAGUUCUAUAUUGCUUCAGACAACACAGGAACACCCUUAGCAGUAUUCAGCAGUAGAGGCCUAAUGAUCAAGCAGCUUCAGUACACUGCCUAUGGUGAAAUCUAUCAUGACUCCAACCCUGAUUUUCAACUUGUAGUUGGAUUCCAUGGUGGCUUAUAUGACUCUCUUACUAAAUUGGUCCACUUUGGACAGAGAGACUAUGAUGUCUUAGCUGGACGUUGGACAGCUCCUGAUUACUCCAUAUGGAAUGAUAUUGGCAAAGAUCCUGCCCCCUUUACUUUAUACAUGUUCAAAAACAACAAUCCUCUCAGUAACGUGCAGGAUGUGGAAGACUAUGUUACAGAUGUUAAAAGCUGGCUUGUGAUGUUUGGAUUUCAGUUAUACAACAUUAUUCCUGGUUUCCCUAAACCAGCGGUUCGUUUUGCAGCACCUCCUUAUGAAUUAGUGGAGAGUCAAGAACGUGAUAAUGUACGGUUUGUUUCAGGGGUUCAACAAGCAGCAGAAAGGCUCAAUAAUGCCUUUAUGGCAUUGGAAGGAUGCUCACUGCCCAAAUUCUCCAGGGUCGGCCAUAAAGACAGGCCAGGACACUGGUUUUCAGCCCCAAAUUCAAUUAUUGGAAAGGGAAUCAUGUUUGCCAUCAAGGAAGGCAGAAUAACAACAGGGGUGACCACUCUUGCAAGUGAAGAUAGUCGGAAAAUAGCAAGCAUUCUUAACAAUGCAUACUAUUUGGACAAAAUGCAUUACACCAUCAAUGGGAGAGAUUCACACUACUUGGUGAAAAUCGGUUCAUCGGACAGAGACCUGGCAACUUUGGGCAUGACAAGUGGCCGAAAAGUGCUGGAGAAUGGAAUUAACAUCACAGUUUCACAGCCAACAAUUCUGCUUAAUGGAAGGACUAGAAGGUUUACAAAUAUUGAACUUCAGUACAGCGCCCUGUUGCUAAAUAUUCGCUAUGGAAUUACACCAGAUACUCUGGAAGAGGAAAGGGCACGUCUGCUAGACCAGGCCAGGUUAAGAGCUCUCAUGAAUGCCUGGUCCAAAGAACAGCAGAACGCAAGGAAUGGGAAGGAAGGAAGUCGACUCUGGACAGAAGGAGAAAAACAACAGCUUCUGAGCUCUGGCAGAGUUCAAGGUUAUGAUGGGUACUAUGUGUUGCCUGUGGAACAGUACCCGGAACUGGCAGACAGUUCCACCAAUAUUCAGUUCCUGAGACAGAAUGAAAUGGGAAGGAGGUAACAAACCGAAUUGCUGUCAUCUCUGGCAAGAGCUGGAAGGGUGAUCACAAUCACUAUCUCCUCUCCUAAGGAGAUGGAAACUCAAAAGUGGGUGCUGAAAGUAAGUUACACCGGGAGCUGAAGAGAAGAAUCAAAUUCAUGUCAAGUGAGCUUGCACCUUGUUCUUCAGCAUUUGAGGACUCUCUGUAGUGGACUGGAGCCCAAGGAGAAGACUUGACAAGUACCCCUUUUUAUAGGAUAGCUCAGGUCCUCUGGGCUGAAAAAAGACAACUCUCUCUGAUGGACUCACUAAACUUACUGCCUCAUGGGUGUCUCAUUUGAAAGACUUGAGUCCAAAAUGCCCAUCUUGAAUGAAACAGGAACUUCAUGGAUGCAACCUUUUGUAAUAUAUGCCCCUAAGGAAAACUUGUUUGAGCAUAUUGGCAAUGUAUGGAUCUGUUGAAGCCUGAGCCAGACUUCUUACACUGAUGUUAUUGUUUUGUUUAUUGCCAUAGCAACUGUAGUGGACACAGUAAACCUUUGAGGUUAUAGUUACUGAAUCCUGCAUUCCUACUUGGGAGGGGUGGGAGGGGCCAUAAUGUUUCUGAGGAUGUGACGUAAUUAAUAAACAAAGUAUGUUAUUGUCAUACACACUGUCGUACUCUUUUUAAAAAGAAAUUUAAAUAAAGUUACAUUGUGGACAGGUUGACGUGUGCAGGGUGUAGUCUGCAUAGUUUCUUAAAAGUAGUCGUCAGUAAUGGUUUAUGGUAGACUUGUGGCCAAUGUUUCACUGCUACAAAUGGCACUGCUUUUCACUGAUCCUGUUCACUGAGGCGCGGGGGAGGGGAGGGGAAGGGGGCAGGAGGCAUAAUAGCUGCUGAUAGAGUAAAUGAUCGAUGAUGGUACCCUGCUCGCUUUUACUUGCCUCUCAAAUUACGACAAUCACGCUGCAGUCACCAGAAGGCAAAUUGAGAACUUUAUUAUUACUUUUUUUUUGUAAUACUGUAUCUGAAAGAAUUGUCCAUGAAGGUUUUUAUAUUAAUUUCUGAUUUUGCUGCUCAGCAAAUAUUAGUCACAGGAAAUAAAAAAAAAUAAUUUAUGUAAAGGUGUUUCAAUAAUGUUUAUAUACUUUAAAAUAAAGUCUUUAAAACUGAAAAAUGUCUG